AUGAACCGAGCCUGGGCCUUCAUCAAGGCUCACCCAUACAUGAGCAAUGUGGUGGGAUACACGGCACUGUUUGCCUCCGCCGACCUCGUACAGCAGAGCAUGCUGGGUGGGAAACCAGCUGAAGGCCACGAAUCAGAGAACUCCCCACAGCUCCAGAGUACAGCGAACAUUGACUGGUGUCAGACGACCAGAGUGGCAUCUGUAGGGUUUUGUUUCCAUGCCAACUUCAACUACCAUUGGCUGAGGUUGCUGGAGAGGAUGUUGCCGGGAGGCGGCGUCAAAAUAAUAACAGGGAAAGUUGUGUUGGAUCAGCUGAUUGCAGCUCCUGCCACUAUCAGUGCCUUUUUCAUAGGUCUAAGUGUGCUAGAAAACAAAGAGGAUCCAUUAGAAGACUGGAGGCAGAAAUUCUGGACUUCAUACAAGACUGGAGUCGUGUAUUGGUCCACAAUGCAGGCGGUGAAUUUUGCCCUGGUCCCCCCUGUGGCACGGACAGUGUUUGUCGGGGGCAUCGCACUAGUUUGGACUGUGUUCCUGUGCCACUUCAGACAGCAGCAGGGCCGCAGUCACUCAGGACCCUCAUCUCAGUGAUGCACAUCACUCCACUAGACCAGAAUAUUUGUG